GUCAUGUUGAAUUUUCAGAAGCCAGACUCGCAAACAUCAGGAAAGCAUGCCUCCACUGUCUAUACUGGUUGUGAUGAUGAAUACUGGGCAUUGAAAAAAAUCAAGAUCAUUGACUUUGGAAGAACACUUGAUUUGAACCUAUUUCCCAGUGGCCAAAAAUUCAUAGCAGGCUGGAAUACCAAUGUGCAUGAUGACCCUCCUCAGACCCUUCGACAUGGCGAAUGGGAGCCUUGGAUCCUAGACUAUUGGGGUAUCGCGAAAGUUAUCUACUGCUUAUUGUUUGGACAGCACAUGCAAGUUGUCCCUGCCGGAGGACAAUGGGUCAUAAAGCAAAACUUGAAACGAGGAUGGCAUACGCCAAUUUGGAAGAAGACGUUCAACAUAUUGCUGAAUCCAACUCAAAAUCUACCCAUGACCAGCUUGUUGCAGGAAUUACAAGAAGAGAUGCAAACCUAUUUGAUAAGAAGAGAUGAGCAAUCCAAAAAGAAAUUAUCAAACAUGCUAACAGAACUGGAAAAUGUGUUGAAAUAAAAGAGUUGAUUCUGUCGAUAUAUAUAUUACAUUUUUAAGAAAGCCUACACUGUACAAGAACACCUGCUUUCUAUGCAACUACGCUCUGAUCUGGAACUUGCCAGCUUUUGUCACACUUCUAACACCUUUGUAUGGCUUGUAUCCUUCUCUGAAUAGUCGCAACGUAUCCACCUUCAGGCCAGAUACAGCAUACAUGCUAAUUUGGAACUGCAACAUGAUGGUGGUACCCGUUUCAUGAGUUGCAGAGCUGAUAAAAAUGUUAUUAUUAAAAUCUAAGAACGUUGCGUGCACAUUUACUUUCGCUACAUACCCGUUGCUGUAGGUUCCCGAUAGCAUUGGUGUUCGAUCACGAACUUGAAUCUUGGAAAUCUC